UGCGCAACGGCAGCACACGUUGUUGUGGACGUGAAAGUUUGUGAAGACGCAGAUAAUCGUGACUGAGCAGCUUGUUUCCAGUGAUCACCCCCCCACAGUGUGUCUCCUGUGUGUGUGUCCGUGGGGAACGUGUGUGUCACCGCAGAAGAGAGACACGUUUCCCCCAGGAAACAGCUGCAGUUUGAGGGGAAGCUAACAGGCGAGCUAACAGGCUAGCUGGGCAGCAGCAUGGCGGCGGUGCUGGAGCUCAUCGUCGGGAGCUACGAGCAGGUCGUCCUCGGUUACCGGGUGACAACCGACGACAAGGAGUGGACGGCCAAGGCAAACUUCACACACCACGCCCACACUGCGUCCAUAUCGUCUCUGGCGGCCAGCGAGCGGUUCGUGGUGACGGGAAGCAAAGACGAGACCAUCCAGCUGUACGACAUGAAGAAGAAGACGGAGCACGGCGCCCUGCUGCAUCACGACGGCUCCAUCACCUGCCUGGAGUUCUACGGGACGUCCCAUCUGCUGAGCGGAGGAGAGGAUGGACUCCUGUGUGUGUGGGGCACGAAGAAGUGGGAGUGUCUGAAGUCCAUUCACGCUCACAAGAAAGUGGUGACGUCGCUGUCCGUCCAUCCGUCUGGGAAACUCGCACUGACAGUCGGGACCGAUAAGACGCUCAGAACCUGGAAUCUGACUAAUGGAAGAUCGGCCUUCAUCAAAAACAUAAAACAGACUGCACACAUUGUCAGGUGGUCUCCAGAUGGAGAUAAAUAUGUGGUGGUGGUAGAUGACGAGGUGAACAUCUACGACCUGGAGACGGCGUCGGUGACGGGAACAAUCACGAACCCCAAAAGAAUCUCGUCUGUAAAGUUCUUAAAUAACUCCCUCCUGGCCGUCGCAGGAGAUGAUGAGAUUGUGAGGUUGUGUGAAUUGGAAAAACUGAAAUGUGUGUGUGAGUUCAAGGCUCAUGAAACCAGGGUGAAAGCAGUGGACAGUUUUAUGAUGGAGGAUUACUGCGUGUUGGUGACGGCUUCCAAUGACGGAUUGAUCAAGAUGUGGAAGCUCCACCUGAAAGAGGAGCUGGAACCUCCCACCCUCCUCGUGGAAGUGAACACCUCGGCCCGGCUGACGUGCCUCGCCGUGUGGAAACCUUCAUCGGUGCAGCCGCCCGCUGAGGAACCAGCAGCUGCUGCGACGACAUCUGAAGAACUCGCUCGAGAGCUUUUAAAGACCAAGAGAGUUCGAAUUGCGACGGAAGUAGUCGUUCUGGAAGACGAGAGCAAACCCAGAAAGAAGAAGAAAAAGGCCGUUGGAAAAUGAAAUGAGCAGCAAUAAAGAAAACAUCUUUCAAAAAUGUA